AUGAUCGCAUUUGUUCUGCUUGGUGCUUUAUUACCAAUUCUUCUUUAUAUUAUAUGGCCUAUUUUGGUUUUCUAUGUAUUUCGUAUAUUCUUGAGUAGGAGCGAUGAUAUAUUAAAAUCUGGUGAAUGGGCUAUUAUCACUGGUGCUACUGAUGGUAUUGGAAAAGCCUUCGCGGAACUUCUUGCUGAAAAAGGUCUCAAUAUUUUCCUUAUCAGCCGUUGCCAAAAUAAAUUGCAGGCUGUUGCUUCGGGAAUUGAAAAGAAAUAUAAUGUCAAGACUAAGUCAUUCACUGCUGAUUUUGGGCUGGAAUCAUUCCCUUAUGAUCAGUUGAUGACUGAAAUCAAUAGUCUAUCUUCAAUUUCUUGUCUUAUCAAUAACGUCGGUUUAUCUUACACAUAUCCCGACGCUUUGGCAACCAGUACAAUGCUAACUCCAGAAUUCUGCGAGAAGCUUAUCAGAAUUAACGUCAUUACACUCACCAAACUCACCCGAAUGAUUCUUCCUAAGCUGGUCAACGAUCCACUUCCAGUGAAGGGUGUUAAUCGAUACAUAAUCAAUAUGAGUUCAUUAUCUGGCGUGGUCGUUUGUCCGUAUCUGACAGUGUACGGGGCUACCAAAGCAUAUGUCACUUCUUUUACCCAAGGUCUUACUGUUGAGCUGAGGGAUACCUGCGUUCGAGCUCAGGCCUUCACUCCUUCUCUAGUUUGUACUAAUAUGUCAGGAAUCAAGCGCACGUCGAUGUCAAUUCCCUCGGCAGAUACUUUUGCCAGGUCUGCUUUUUCUAUGAUUGGGGUAGAGACUAUUGGCAGUGGCUACUUUUUGCAUUCGUUCCGUUUGCGUCUAGCCACUGCGUUGCCAACUUGUUUGGUUUUGAAAUAUCUUGGAGGUGAAAUGCUGAAGAUGCGUGAACGAUAUCUUCGCAAACAGAAGGCUAAUUAA